AAUGGUUGUCCCAGGAUCCCCAUGCAAGUCUCCAUUCCCUGCCUACACUGUAAAUAUCCCUCUCUCUAUCUCACCUCCUUCAAACACACCUCCACAUCCCAGCAGCCCCCUGGGGGGAGUAAUGGGACCAGGGCGGUAUCUCUGGCACCACACUAGGGAUUAUCAGGUAAUAAAAGCUUUGACUCCCUGAGGAAAUGUCUCUCCCUUUGUCUGGGGUGGGGCAACCAGACAGGGCUAGGCUGUUCCUGGCCCUACUAUAUUGCUGCUGUCUCUCAGUUCCCCAGCUCUCCAUUUCUAUCAUUCACAGCUCCUCCAUCUCUGAUGUGAUCUCCAAGACCCUCCUUUCUUUCCCAGCACAUCUUUUGUUUAGUGGUCUCAUCCAGCCUCACACCCUGGAGAAGAUGGCAAAGGGUAGGGCCACCAGGAGAAGAGGAACUGGCUCAGCCUUAGACCUGAGGUUGGUCUCUGUCCUCUCCAGCUCUGCUGCUUUGCUUCAAAGCCAUUUAGAUUGUGUCACUACCCAGAAAAGUCUUUGUGUCCACAUUGAUUGUGUCAAAUGGCUUCCACAUCCUUUCAUAUAUGUCCUAAUUUCCAGGACUUUAAUGUGGAAAAGUCUCAAAUCCAGAAGCCAAGAUGAUGGGAUUCUUAGAUUUCAACUUGGUCUCAAAUCUGAUGUGUUUAACAUGUCAAGUUUUGUAUCUUAAAUAAUAUAAAUGUUUAUGUAUUCCUUAUAUAACAGUCUGCCCUACCCAGAGACCCAGUAUCCUUCUACCUUCCAGAUUCAUGGUCCUCAAAAUAUAAUUCUCAUCCCUGUGGCAGGAGUUGAAUCACUUCCACAUCUGCAUCUGAAUCAGGCAAGGGGGGAAAAGUAUGUAGUGUAAACACAAAACAAUUUCAUUUUUAGCAAAAGUUGUUGCUUUUUUGGUGGUGGCAGGUGGGGGCAGGCAACACUGGGAAUCGAACCCAGUCAGUGAUGCUCUACCACUGAGCUACAUCUCCAACCCUUUUUAUUUUUCGUUUUGAGGCAGGUUCUCACUGUCUUAUUUGAGACACUAAGUUUGAAACUGGUCCCAAACUUGGAGUCCUCCUGCCUCAGCCUCCCAGUACCUGGGAUUGCAAGCAUUCACCACUGUUCCCAGCUCAAAAGUUGCAUUUUUGGUUUCUCAUAGCCCAGUAGCUAAAACAUAAUCCUAUGGCUGUACCUAAUUACAAGGAGUAUUGAGAAGUGUGACCUUUAGUUGGGAUACAGUUGGAAGGGUGGGUCUGCUUAUCACUCCUCCUAGCCUCAGGAGCAGCUCAUGAUGGGAGCAGAAGAUAAACUGAUUGCCCAGGCUGGCAGGGCAGGGCUGAGGGAGGAAGCCUGCAGCCUCUGGCCUUCCUUGAAGAAUUGUGGCAGGCUCUGGGCUCAAAGGCUUCAAGAGUGAGAGGUAGCACUCCAGCCUGGCCCAUGGAGGCACAUUCAGGUCAGUGUUCCAUGGCUUGCUGGAGCAAUGCAGCUUGAACUAGAUCCAAGAAGGGAUGCUGGAAAUUGAGUUGAAUAUAGAGGGAAAAAGAUCAAGUGGAGCUGCAUUACAGAGGCUCUAAAUCCAGAUGAGACUGUAACUCGGGCUUCAAGAGGGCACUCAGUGUACACCACAUAUUCAUGAUGUUUGGGUGAAGUACGAGAGAAAGGAAGUCCAGAGGCCUACAGGAGGCAGGGACACUACAACAGACUACUUCUGGAAGCUUCAAGAGGUGAGUGCAAGUCAUUAGAGGCAUUCAGUCCUUCUGUUGGAACUACAGGAGGCAAUUGACUCAAAACUCAGUAGUUUCCAAAGAAGCAUGAUAAACAAAGAAUCUGAGAGAUCUCCAAUUAGGGAUGCUGGUUUGAAGAGAAGACCCUGGCCCUUGCAAGCUACCCUUUGAACCCUCUGUGUGACUAAGUCCAGCAGAUAUAGGAGUAUGGUGGUGGGGUCAGCAAGCCAUCAUUGAACAUGCAAGUGAAGCUCUGUCCCUAUGUUGCCUUUCCACUCCCAGCAAGUGGCUCAUCUCCUAUUUGCAAGGCUGGCUUUGGGCAGAGCACAUCAAUGUGGCCUCACCAGGUUUCUGAGGUUUCUGCUAGAGUCUGUGCUGACUUGGUCAGUGGCUGGGCCAAUAUUUUAAAUUUCACCUGAUUACUAAUCAAUUAUCUUCCAGCAGGAAUUACCUCAUCUCUUUGCUUCCUUUCCAUAGAACUAACCCUUAUCCCUUCAUCCCUCCCCCUUAACUCUUUUCUUACUCAGAGUGCAAGAGACAUGAACCCAACAGGAACUAGUGUAAGUUCAAAGAACAAUGUCCUGGGCGUUCACAGCACAGUGUGUGAGAAGGGCUGGGGUGACUGCUUCAUCCGGUACCUCACAUCCAAUCAGCUGUGGCCCCAGGGAAUUAGGGUGGGUAAGUUUAUUUCCCUGCAGGGAAGAGUUACAGCCAGCGCCCACUGUGCACCCCAAAUUCUGGGUCCUGCCACUCAUUAGAGAUCUCACUUAAUAUUGAGUCGGCUCCCUUCUGGGCUUCAUUUUCUUUCACCACCACCCCCAGAUACUCAAGUCUCUUUCAUUGAAGAAAAAAGGGGGAAAAGUCAUUUCCCCCAGACCUAAGUUCUUCCCCUGCAAUGCUGUCAUAAGUCCCUAUUUGCUUGUAAGAAAGUCUCUCCUCUGACUACUACUUCUUCCUCACUUCACCCCGACUCUCACUGGUUCUUGCCAGGGCAGCCUAGGUGCUAAACCCCAGGGAUCCCUUUCCCCUUGUCCACCAGCUCCCCGCUGGUACUAGUGUGCCGCAUCCGGCCAAGGGAGCCGAGUCCGGCGAGGGACGGCGAGGUUAAAAGACACACAGGACACCAAGGUUCUUCAUCCAGGAGUCAAUAAUCUUUAUUGCUAACACACCUUUUUUUAUACCCCAAGCAGCAGAAGUGGAAAACUACCCAAAAGCAGGAGGGAGGGGGGAGAAAUUUAGUUUCAACAUCCAAUAUUGUCAGGUACUGAAACCUCCCUUAACAAUAAGUCCAUCAGACCAGAAAAGAUCAAGGCAUUCCCGUGGGAUACAUAUGUCUCAGACGGACAAGCAGGAACAGAAAAACCGCAAGUUCGCCAUGGCCUUGUGAGCUGGCCACACUGGCAUGCAGAACAAACUAGUGGAGGUAGGGGCUCCAGGGGCCAAGGUGGACCUGCUGCCAACACUAGUGAUUCUUUUUGGACCUCAUUAACUGCUUCCAGUCUCCUUCCUUAGAGCUUAGAGGUCCUGGACUGUGUAUGUGGACCCUCAGCUCUCCUCCACUUGCCUCCUUUCCCCAGAGUGGUCCAGAGGUACCUGUCGCUGGCCCCCAUCCCCAGGCUUCCCCCAGUCCUUCGGGUUCCACCCAGUCUCCACCCUGCCAUGCUAGAACCCACAGAUCACCAGCAGUUCCUUUGUUGGCCCUUCUCCAUUUUGUCCCUUUGCUAGAUCACCCCAGAAUACCAUUCUGAGUCCACAACUCUGUUGUUUUAGUCAGUUUUUUUGCUACUAUGACUAAAGGGCCUGACCAGAACAAUUUUAGGAGAGGAAAAGUUUAAGGGCUCAUGGUUUCAGAGGUCUUAGUCCGCAGAAGGCCAGCUGCGUUCCUUGGGGAUGGUAAGCAGAUCCACCCUUCCAACUGAGGCAGAACAUCAUGGUGGAAGUGUGGCAGAGGGAAGCAGCUCGCAUCAUCAGGAAGCAGAGGGUGUCUCCACUUGCCAGAUACAAAUAUAUACACCAAAGACAUGCCCUAAUUCCCACCUACUCCAGCCACACCCUACCACUUCAGUUACUGAUUUGGUUAAGACUCUUGACAACCCAAUCAUUUCUCCUCUGAACCUUCUUGCAUUGUCACACGUGAACUUUUGGGGGACACCUCACAUCCAAACCAUAACAUUUACAAACAGCAUAUGUUUUUAAUUUUGGGGUAGGGGUACUUAACCUAUAUCCCCAGCCUUUUUAUUUUUAAUUUUUGAGACAAGUUCUCACUAAGGUGCUGAAGCCGGCCUUGAACUUGUGAACCUCCUGCCUUAGUCUCCCAUGUCUACUUAGAUUACAGGCAUGCGCCACUGCACCUGGCUAGCUAAUGCAUCUUUAUUCUUGGCCCUGGGCCACUAUCCAAGGUUUGUGCAUGUCUCCCACAACACCUAAGCAUUCUGCUCUCACCCUCUGCUUUCCCAACUGACCCUAGCUACAGUGAGUGAUUUGAUACCCUCAGAACCAGGCGUAGUUGGAACUCAGUAGUAAAUAAGUGGCUUUCCUCUUCUGCCAAAAGGGAUACAAGGAUGAAUUCCAGGGUUGGUGGUCUGGAAGGGACAUGAAACAGUCCUGAAAAGCUAAGCAUGUGGCCAGAAAGAAAGGGACCAGACCUUGCCUUAAAAAAGCUUAGUUUGGUUUGGAAUUUUUGGUGUGUGUUGGGGGUGGGGUUACAGAAAAGGGGAGUUAAUUCAUAGGUAUAUCUCUUACCUAGCAUGCAGCAUUUAUGAGGCCCUGGGUUUAAUCCCACCCCACCCCCAAACACACACAAAUGUAAAAAGUCACCCCUUUCCUCUUAUUUUUUUAAAAUAUUUUUUUAGUUGUAGUUGGACACAAUAUCUUUAUUUUAUUUAUUGUUAUGUGGUGCUGAGUAUUGAACCCAGCGCCUUGCACGUGCUAGGCAAGCACUCUACCGCUGAGCCACAACCCCAGCCUCUCUUUCCUCUUUUAAAAUAAACACCAAGGGCACAGGGAUAUAUCUCAGUCAUAGAGCAUUUGCCUAGCAUGUGCAAGGGUCCUGGGUUGGAUCCCCACAGCCACCCCCCGGCCAGGAGGGAUGGCAAACUACCAGGAACUUUAUGACUUGUUUUGUUUGGUUUCAGUUUUGGAGACAGGGCCUUGCUGUUGCUGAGACUGGCCUGAGACUCAUGAUCCUCCUGCCUCAGCCUCAAAAGUUGCUGGGAUUACAGGGUGUACAUCAACACACCUACUACCACCAGGGACUGUUUUUUAUUUCUUUUCCAUACUUUUUAUUGGUGCAUUAUAGUUGUACAUAAUGGUGGGAUUUGUUGUUACACAUUUGUACAUGCAUACACCAUUGGGGCCUUUGGAACAUUCUGUAACUCAACCAGACAACAAGACUAGUUGAUCGAAUUCAAAGAGUUAUUAUUUUCACUAAAGCAUAAAGCAAAUAUUUUCCUAAGAAUAACCUAGCUAACAAAGUCUCUGUAUUUCCCAAUACAGUUUAACUGAACAUACAGUCCCCAGAUUUAUUUCAGGUCUCUGCUGAUAAGUCAAUUUGGAAAGUCACAUCUGGGCCCAUCCUGAAGCCCAGGUGCCAGGGCUGCCCCUCAUGUCUGUCGUGACCUUUCCCCAUCCUUAUCACAGGAUAUGACGCAUCUUCUCUCUCCAAAGAUUCUGGUCACCACGCUGCCGAGCCUGACCCUGGCACUGGCAUUUGCUGUUGAUUUCAGAUGUGGAGAUAGGCUAUUAACUCUGUAAAUAGAGCUCUGACCCCUUGAGACCAGUGGUUAGCAGUGGAAGGCUGAGCCACUGACACAGGAUUGGAGGCAAAGGCUGGUUUCCAGGAUCGCAGGCUAGCUAUGUCCAAUUCACAAAUGGUCUUGGGUUAAGCACAGGAUGAAAAGGGGUUUGAACCUUGGGAGACAAAAUUAUCCCCAGUUGAUAGCUUAAAGGAGACUUCAGGUCCCCAAACAUGGGCAUGUUUAAGUGGGCAACAAGCAGGGGUAGGUAAUACCCCAGCAAAAAACCCACCUACAACUGGAGUGACCCAACCCUGGUGCCAGGUGUAUGAAUGUGAACACUUCCAUUCAGACCAUUUUAUAGGUGAGUAACAAGCUCUCCGGGAGAGUGGUCACGCCUCCCCCAGAUCUCCAAUUAGGUUGCUGAGCACCCCACUCUAUUCACCUCUUUUCCACUGGGCAGAGCCCUGAGCUGGGUCAGGGAAUCCCAAUGCAUUGCCCCUCUCUCGGCCACAGUUUUCUUUGGGGGUCAGGAAGGGCUAUAUACAGCUCCAGGGCAAGAGUUUGAUACACCCUAGGAAGUGGAAAGGUGAGACCAGGACAUGGACCAGCUAGAGCAGAAAUCCUGUGACUUCUGUAAACAAGAAAUCAUAAAGAAGGUUAAAAUAAAAGCAAAGCUAGUCUUAUCCAAGUGCAAAAUAGAUUUGCAAAUUGGGAAACAGGUUAGGUGUCUCUGAAAGGGACCAUGCAGCUUUGGGAGAGAAAUAGGAUCGAGUGAAGUCCAGUGCAAAUUGGGGUGGUGGUGAAUUUUCUAAGUCCAUUGAAAUAUCCAGGUCAGGAGAUAAAACUGGUCAUUGUGGUGUUUUUCAAACCUUACAAGGUAUUUAAUAAUAGAAAUUUGUGCCCUUUGUCAAGUUCGUUUCCCAACAUGAAACCUUGUGGCAAUUUACCACUGUCAGUAAAACUUCAAGACUUGGAAAAGGAUCUUUGCUCUCCUUUUGACCACUCUGCAGCCAUUUUGAUUUUUAUGUUUGACUUAAGCCCCCUGGGAAGAUGAGGGAGCAGAGGGAGCAUUGGUCUGGUGGCCUUAGAGCCAGCAGGAAGGGGGUUGAGUGGCAAGCACUUCUCCACCCCACCUCCUUUUCAAGACGUCACUGGAAUCCAUGGGCCAGGAGCAAGAGAAGCCACCUCCUGGUCAAUAAAUACCGGGGCUGUCUGACUAGGGUCUGCAGCUGCCUGAAGGAGCAACCUCCACAGCUCUCCCUUGAGCAGUGCUGCCAUGGCUAGCUCUAGAUUAGGCCUUCUGCUGCUGCUCCUACUGCUGCUGACUGUCCACCCUGGACCCUCGAGGGCUCAGCACUGGUCCUAUGGCUGGUACCCCGGAGGAAAACGAGCCUCCAGCUCACUCCAGGACCUCCCAAGUGCUUUUAGGUCCUCAGCUGGCAACCCAACCCAGGCUGCCGAUAGCCUACCAAAUGAUGCACUGGCUCCCCCUGAGGAUCCAAUGUCUUGGAAGGGCAGGACCAUGGCCCGCUUGUCCCUCCACAGGAACCAGCACCUGGUGUAGACCCUAAUGAACAACGGUAUUAAAAAGGCCCAUAUAAAAGAGUGGUAG